CCAUGGAGGCCGCGGCCGACAGGAAGAGGCAGCGCGAGGAGGCGUCCGACGGCUCGGGCCUGUCCGGCGAGGACGACGACGACUACGUGCCCUACGUGCCCGUGAAGCAGCGCAAGGCGCAGAUGCUGCAGAAGCUGCUGCAGAUGCGGCGCAAGGUGGUGUCGGAGGAGGAGCAGCGGGACAGCGGCGGCGAGCAGCGCGGCGACGAGGACGACAUCCCCCUGGGCCCCCAGUCCAACGUCAGCCUGCUGGACCAGCACCAGCACCUCAAGGAGAAGGCGGAAGCCCGGAAGGAGUCGGCCAAGGAGAAGCAGCUGAAGGAGGAGGAAAAGAUCCUGGAGAGCGUGGCYGAGGGCCGAGCUUUGAUGUCGGUGAAGGAGAUGGCAAAGGGCAUCACAUACGAUGAUCCCAUUAAAACCAGCUGGCGAGCGCCCCGCUACAUCCUGGGCAUGUCGGAGGCCCGGCACGACCGCGUGCGCAAGAAGUACCACAUCCUGGUGGAGGGCGAGGGCAUCCCCCCUCCCAUCAAGAGCUUCAAGGAGAUGAAGUUCCCCGCAGCCAUUCUGAGGGGCCUGAAGAAAAAAGGAAUCCAGCAGCCCACGCCCAUCCAAAUCCAAGGCAUCCCCACCAUCCUCUCGGGAAGGGACAUGAUCGGCAUUGCCUUCACUGGCUCCGGGAAGACCUUGGUGUUCACCCUCCCCGUUAUCAUGUUCUGCCUGGAGCAGGAGAAGAGGCUGCCGUUUUCCAAGCGAGAGGGCCCCUACGGCCUCAUCAUCUGUCCCUCUCGGGAGCUGGCCCGGCAGACCCACGGCAUCAUCGAGUACUACUGCCGCCUGCUGCAGGAGGACGGGCUGCCCCCGCUGCGCUGCGCCCUCUGCAUCGGGGGCAUGUCUGUCAAGGAGCAGAUGGAGACCAUCAAGCAUGGUGUGCACAUGAUGGUGGCAACCCCUGGCCGCCUCAUGGACUUGUUGCAGAAGAAGAUGGUGAGCUUGGACAUCUGCCGGUACUUGGCCUUGGAUGAGGCUGACAGGAUGAUUGACAUGGGCUUCGAGGGAGACAUCCGCACCAUCUUCUCCUACUUCAAGGGCCAGCGGCAGACGCUUCUCUUCAGCGCCACGAUGCCCAAGAAGAUCCAGAACUUUGCCAAGAGCGCCCUGGUGAAGCCCAUCACUAUCAACGUUGGGCGAGCGGGCGCUGCCAGCCUGGACGUUGUGCAGGAAGUGGAGUACGUGAAGGAGGAGGCCAAGAUGGUGUACCUGCUCGAGUGCCUGCAGAAGACGCCGCCGCCGGUGCUGAUCUUUGCGGAGAAGAAGGCGGAUGUCGAUGCGAUCCAUGAAUACCUGCUGCUCAAGGGGGUGGAAGCUGUGGCCAUCCAUGGAGGGAAAGAUCAGGAGGAGCGGACGAAAGCCAUCGAGGCCUUCCGGGAGGGGAAGAAGGAUGUCCUGGUUGCCACUGACGUAGCUUCCAAGGGCUUGGACUUCCCGGCUAUCCAGCAUGUCAUCAACUAUGACAUGCCAGAAGAGAUUGAGAACUAUGUUCACCGCAUUGGGCGCACGGGCCGUUCAGGCAACACUGGCAUUGCUACCACCUUCAUCAACAAGGCCUGCGAUGAGUCAGUGCUCAUGGAUCUGAAGGCCCUGCUCCUGGAGGCGAAGCAGAAGGUGCCUCCUGUGCUCCAGGUGCUGCACUGUGGGGAUGAGACCAUGCUGGACAUUGGAGGCGAGCGGGGCUGCGCCUUCUGCGGMGGCCUGGGCCAUCGCAUCACCGACUGCCCCAAGCUGGAGGCCAUGCAGACCAAGCAAGUCAGCAACAUCGGCCGCAAGGACUACCUGGCCCACAGCUCCAUGGACUUCUAGCUGGGGCACGAUGGUGCCCAGCGCUGCUUCCACGCGGGCUGUGAGAGAGAGCUGCUGUUUGRCUGCCUUUGUGCAAACCGCCCUCGCUUCCCAAAGCCCUGGGCUGCAGCCAGCUCAGUGUCCUGUACUGCUGUGACCCCUUUUCCAAGCAUUUGGCCUUGUAGGACUGUUGCCAGCGCAGCCUGAGGAAGCUCCUGCUCUCGCAGGAGGAAAUGCAAGGAGCUGUGCUGCAACAGCCCCUAYGUCAGCGGCAUGGAGUGUUGGGCAAGCAGGUAGCAGUGCCUGUGCCCAGCUGCCCACUGGCUCUGUGCAGCUUCUCCACAUGGCUGGGCUCUUACCCUGCUCUCCUGCAAAGGCUCUGGCAUCUCCAGGA